CCGGCCUGCGGAGCUCCCGCCCGUGUCCCACGGCUGGUCCGGGGCGUCCGGGCACCGCCUCGACGGCGGCUCCGCCGGACGCGCGGACUGGACCGCAGCCCGCACCCGGAGCGGACGGCGUCAUGAGGCACCUGACGUACUUCUGCCGCGGCCAGAUGGUGCGGGGCUUCGGCCGCGGCUCCAAGCAGCUGGGCAUCCCUACAGCUAACUUUCCUGAACAAGUAGUAGAUAAUCUUCCAGCUGAUGUAUCCACUGGCAUAUAUUAUGGUUGGGCCAGUGUUGGAAGUGGAGACGUCCAUAAGAUGGUGGUGAGCAUAGGAUGGAACCCAUACUACAAGAAUUCAAAAAAGUCCAUGGAAACUCAUAUCAUGCAUACUUUCAAAGAGGACUUCUAUGGGGAAAUUCUCAACGUGGCCAUUGUCGGCUACCUCAGACCAGAAAAGAACUUUGAUUCUUUAGAGUCACUUAUUUCAGCAAUUCAAGGUGAUAUUGAGGAAGCUAAGAAACGACUAGAUUUACCAGAACAUUUGAAACUCAAAGAAGACAAUUUCUUCCAGGUUCCUAAAAGCAAAAUAAUGAAUGGCCACUGAAGGAAAAGCAUUUAUUCAUUCACUGUUUUCUAAUAUUUUACUGCUCAUAACUCUACAGUCUCAUCUUGGUUAUAUUUUAAAAAUCAUU